AUGAUGCUUUGGUUGGCAAAAUUUGAUGCCACCGGUAAUGGCCAAGUGGUCCACACAUCACAUCCAACUAUGCCACCUGCCAGCACACAACUGUUGGAAUCCAUUGCCAGCAUUGUGGAUUCUCAGGAACAUCUGAUUGACAAAGCUCGGAGAUUCCAAGACAAGUGCAUCAAAGCCAAUCAGAACUUUUUUGUCACAUGGGACCAGUGGGUGCCACCAAAGUUGUGGCCAACUCCAUCCCCUCAAAGAGUGACUUGUCAACUGACUAAAUCCAAACAAUCACUCAUGCCAUCCUGCAAGAAAACCACAAAGGAGCUUGCCAAGGAACAUUUUGGGCAUGAAAAAUUUGACAUGUGCUGGGGUACUGAGGCUGACAAAGCACUAACUGUGGAGACACCGAAUGUGGGUCCAUCAGCCAAGCCGCAUUUUGGUGUGAAAACAUUUGACAUGUGCUGGGAUGCUGAGGUUGAUCCUGUGCUGAUCAUUGCUGCAAGUACAGCCGAGCCUCAACCCGCCAUUCAAUAUGACCUCUGUUGGGAUGAUGCACCAAUGGAAGAAACACCUUCUGCAUCAGCAGUAGGGUACAAAGCCAAUUCCGACAUGUGCUGGGGAGAUUUGCCACUGGGCACAGAUGGUGACCAUGAUGGUGUGCUGACUCAGCAUGGCUUGCUGAGUCAGAUUGUGGAAGGCAGCAAGGAAUUGCUGCACUGA